AUGACCAGCAGCAGCAGCAGUGAUGCCACGGAUGUCAUGAUUAAUGGCGAGGCCAGUAGCAGCAGUCGCAUUAUUCCCGCCGCCAUGACGGGCCGAUCGCAAUUGGCCGCUGCCUUUACCGCGCUGGACGAAAGCGAUCAAUACGAUGCCGUCUUGACGGGAUUGUGUGCCAAGAUUCUAGACAAUGAUCAAGCCGCUACCGCCGCCAGUCUCGAAGAUUCCGCUGCGCUCUUGACGGAAAUGAAUCAACGCAACAUACCCGCCAGUCCACGAUCGCUCAUGUCACUCAUUGAUGCCACAGUCAAGACGCAAGAUACCACCACCAUGACGGAUAUCCUUCGAUUGGCCCGGCAAAACAAGGCAGGAUUGAACCAGUACGGAAUUUUGCAAUCUGAUAUUGUCGACAUGCCGGCGGGCAAUCAACAAGUGGCGUGUGCCGAUGGAUCUCGCAAAACACGAGCGGAACGAUUGGAAUCAUUGCCGGAUGUUCCCGUGGACGAUCGAGGCACGGAAAUUGCCUCGGCCAUGGCCACGUUGGGAGUGGUCGGUAUCUGCUUUUUGGCCAAUUUGUUUGGCAUGGACGAUAUUACUCCCGUCACCAAUCUGUUAUGGUUUACCAUUACUACCGUGGGAGUCGUCGACAAUUUCUAUGAUGUCCUCCAAUUUGGUUCCAACGCCGCCAUUUCCUCUCUCAAUACCACCGACACCAACAAGGAAAAUCUAAAAUUACCACAAAAGGAGAGUCUCCCGUUUGGAUUGGGAACGGGAGAAUUGACCGGAACCGUCACGCGGGGAUUGACCCGUCUGUUCAGUACCGACACGGAACGCGAAUGUCAAGUCGAAGCGGCCGCACUGUACACGGCAUAUGUCUUGGGAUUGCCCUGUUUUGCCUUUCGUCCCAAUUCCCUCGAAGCUGCCAAUUUGAUGGUUCAACACGAAGAGCAAAAUUUACUGUCCACGACCAGUGGCAUUCUCAAAGUCUUGAUUUGGCUCAUGGCACCGGUUGCCAUGGAAAGUAUGAAACAUCCACAACUCAUUUGCAGUGAUCCACGAGAAGCCAGUGGAUUAUUGCAACGAUUGCAAGAUUAUGCCGGGAAAAAUAAUUUGGAUAAUUUGGAUAGUCUCUGGUGGAUGCUCGAAGAAUCACCCGAACAAGAAACGCAAGAUUUGUUGAAAUGGGCAUACCAUGAAGCCGACGUGUUGAUACGAAACAAUUUGAAGGAUGUGACGGAAAUGUCGCAACGACUCACCGGUGGAGCGGCGACGAUUGGUGAUUGUGUGGCUGUCGUGGAACGGUGGUAA